AUGGACUACGCUGCGCAAGGUGCAAAAGCUAUAUCAGCCUCAAACUUCCCCCUGGCUAUCCAGAACUUCACACAAGCUCUAACUGUUAAUCCUCAUGCCACCGAUUACUACAUUAAACGAUCCACUGCAUAUUUACGCCUAAAACCAGCCGAUGGCGGUCCUGACUUUAAAGCGGCUCUUCGUGAUUCAGAAAUGGCUGUGGCUCUGGGUAUACGACGCGCAAGACGUGAGUUAAUUCUCGCGGGCCAGCUGAGACGGGCUAUCGUGCUCUAUCAAAUGAAUCAGUUUGGUGAUGCCGAUUUCCUGUUUAGAUUCUUGAGGGGCAAAAUCGGCCAUACUAAACCGAAGUCGCUCACCGAUGACGCAAUGUCUGCCAUGAAUCCAGCGGAUAAGUCUACAGCAGCUCGCGAAGCUAGUAACAGGGGGCAGGAGCUAACAAUUUGGGAAAUUAAAGUCGCCUCUCAGCUUCAAAAGCUAGAACCUGGGGAUGAGAAAGCUAAGGUUACCGUGGAAGAAAUUCCAUCGAUCACUAUUCCGGAUCCUACCGAGCUGAAGAAGCUAUACCAAGCCCAGCUGAAAGAUAUGAAGGCUGGCAUUGAGUCGUCAUCAGUGCAAGCGAGAAAAAAUGAGGUCAAUACUUCUAAUAUCUUAAGAGACUCGUUUAAAACCUCUACUGGAGGAUCGGAUGCGGUGGGUGCUCAAACCAAUUCAACGUCCGUAGAAAUCCCUUCUGCCCCUCAAGAUCCUGCCAGUAAAAAGUAUAGGCACGAAUGGUAUCAAAAUCACGACACCGUGGUUGUUACUCUUUAUGCCAAGGGGGUUCCCAAGGAUAAAGCUGAAAUCGAAAUUCAGGAGCGCUCUCUAUCUAUAACUUUUCCGACAGGUCUCAGUUCUGAUUCUACUUUCAGUCUGGAUCCAUUAUUCGCUGCGGUGGAUGUUGAGGAAUCAAAAUCGUCAGUGAUGUCCACUAAAAUUGAAAUCAUUCUUCGCAAAAGACAACCCGGGCAAAAAUGGGCAUCUCUGGAAUCAUCGCCAAUCUCUUCCGGUGAAACUAUCACUUACCCGGUCCCAUCGACUUCAUCAGCUUUCGCUGUGGGAAAAGCGCCCGCAUAUCCCACUUCUGCUCGGGGCGGCGCCAAGGACUGGGACAAAGUUGCAGCUGAGCUUAGUGCCAAGAAAGCUAGUAAUACUAGCGAUAAGAAUAAGGACGCCGAUGCAGAUUCUGAUCUAGAGGAGUAUAAUGCAGGCGAUCCUGUUGAUGCUUUCUUCAAAAAGCUCUAUGCAAAUUCCGAUGACGACACCAGGCGUGCAAUGAUGAAAAGCUAUUAUGAAAGCAAAGGGACCGCAUUGAGCACCAAUUGGAGCGAAGUAGGUAAAGGACCAGUUCAAGAACACCCGCCUGGUGAUUAA